GGGGGUGAGGUUCACCUCCACAUAUCUGCCCCCUCCGUCAGAUUAGCCUUUAAAAGAGAAAUCUCUGGCUCCAGUUCCUCAGUCUCUUUCCAGACCAGCUACAUCAACAGAUCCAGGAUGAGGUUUAUAGCUCUUGCAUUCACAGUUCUGCUGGCAGGUUGCCAGGCGCGUUUCAUGCAGGAUGCACCUCCAUCGCAGCUGGAACAUGCGCAGUCUGUUAUGCAGGUGUAUGCAGAUCAACUGAAACAAUCUGCACACCAAGCCCUCAAUCACCUUGAUGACACAGAGUUCAAAGACUACAAAGAGUUCCUGGGCCAGUCCGUGGACAACCUCCAUGGCUACUUUCAGCAGGCCUCCCAAGGCAUAACCCCAGUUGCCACCCAGUUCGCUGAAAUCUUGGCUCCAAAGCUCGAGCAGUUCAAGAAGGAUGUGGAGGACAUGCGCAAGCAGCUCGAACCCAAGCGAGAGGAGCUGAGGCAUGUGCUGGAGAAGCACUUUGAGGAGUACGGCGCUGAGCUCAAGCCCAUCCUCGAAGAGUACGUGGCCAAGCACAACAAGGAAAUGGAGGAGCUGAAGACCAAGCUGGAGCCUGUGAUCCAGAAAUUGAAGGAGAAAAUUCCUGUUAACUGGGAGGAGACCAAGUCCAAGCUGCUGCCCAUCCUGGAGAUUGUGCGUAACAAGGUUACUGCCCAGGUCCAGGAUCUGAAGACCCAGCUAGAGCCCUACAUCCAGGACUAUAAAGAAUCAGUGGAGAAAGGCGCCAUGGAAUUCCGUGAGAAAGUCCGAUCCGGAGAACUGAGGAAAAAGAUGAACGAACUGGGAGCGGAGGUCCAGCCCCACUUUCAGGCUAUUAUUGCAGCUCUCCAAAAGUCUUUUGCGUAAAGCAAUCGCUUUUUAACAUUCCCACUUCUUUCUUCCUUUCCACUUAUACCCAAUACGAAAACCUCAGCCUUUCUCAGAGAAUACACCAGCCUGUCUUUCUUCUAUAGUACACUCAUAUGCACUUUUCACCAAACCACUAAACUUAAGGACUUUAAUCUUAUGAUCUAACACAGAUACAGACAUGAGAACACAGUUUGGUUUAACAUUCACGGAGAUGCUUAGCAAAACCCUUUGUUAAAUGCUUUUUUGGUAAAAAUUGAUUUGCAAUGUUCAAUAAAAUAAAAACUGAACAAAAAACUUG